AUGGGGAAAAAACGGGCCUGCGAUGCCUGCCACAAAAGAAAGAUUCACUGUGACUCUGAUACUGCAGGGGCGCAAUGCGACUGGUGCGUCCAUCACAGUCUUAAAUGCACCUACGAUCGUGUUAUAAGAGGGAAAAAGGAGCCAAGGAACUCCAGGCCAAGACUCACGUCACAGAAGAAGCUGUCUGAGCGCCUUGAGCGUAUUGAGAAUGCUUUAGUAAGGGCCGUCGCCCUCAGAAACAGCAUAGAGUCCACCUCCCCUCCUGCUUCUGGUUCCACCACCCUGUCUCCAUCUACAACAGCCGAGGUCUUCGAUGAAAGUUCCUUGAACCUUGGUAAACAGUUUUCCACCUACGAAUCAAACCAUCCUUUCUAUGCCACAUCCCCGGUUACGCUGAGCACUAGUAGCAUUUCAGAUGGACAGAUGCACCUUGCAGGAUGUCCUCUGGGCCACAUCACCUGUCCCAAUGGAAUGCCGCUGUUCUCCGAGGAAGGUCAGAGGUGGGUUUUCUCUCGAACCGGCGAGGCGACAGCAUUUCAGAAAUUGAAAGCCUUCAACAAGCGUCAGCAAGCCCAACAACCUACCUUAUCACUCUCGCACCUCCAUGGUCCUCUCGAGCAACUUUAUGAGUUACCAGACAGAAGCCUCGUUGAACAAGGGAUAUAUUGGUUCCAGAAUUCAGCCUUCAGGCUGGUGUUCCCUGCAAUUGACACAGUCCUCUUCCGGGACAGCGUCGCGAUGGCCUAUGAGCCCUGCAAGGGACCGUUGUCUCUAGAACGCAUCAGCGCUAAGGGCUGUGUCCUGGCCUUUCUCUCCAUCAUGUGCAUUUUCAAUGGGGACUGGAAAUGGCGCCCCAUCGUGGAUAGCGAUGCAUGUGUUGUUAAAGCGCACUACUUACUAUCUGAUAUGGUCGAGAACGCGAAUAUCGUGACCCUGCAGACUGUCUUCAUGCUGCACAUGCAUCAAUUAUUUUCUGGCCGCUUACACUCUGCUGCGAUGCUACAUGCAAUUGCCUGCCGCAUAGUUUUCAGACUUGGUGGGCAUAUGCAGACGCAUAUCAAGCCCUACGGAGCAGAAGUCAGUCGCCAGGAGCGAGAGCUCCGCCACCUCCGCACCAUCUUCUGGCUCUGCUACAUCUUCGACCAGGACACCGCGUUACGGACUGGCCAACCCCCUAUCAUGUGCCAAGAGUAUUGCGACCUCACGCUGCCGGAUGGAUACCUGGAAAAUUGUUUUUGUCGUCCAGCAUUGAGCAACGGCAUAUUGUCCCCUACAUUUGCGGACGAGAGCCUGUUUCCAUAUCUUCCAGGAGACUUACGUCUUGGUCAAUUAAAGGGGAAAACCUAUCGACAACUUUACUCUGCCCAGGCCCUCGGGAAGUCCGACGCAGAACUCCUCCAUGAUAUUCGCGACUUGGACACUGAGAUCGAGACCUGGCGGUUAUCUAUUCCACUCAAGUUUCGACCUGCGCUCUCGGUUUCUCGACAUCCACAGUUCGCACCAGAAAUUCGAUUGCCACAGAGCAUGCAGCACAUUGUUUUGCACUUGGAGUACCAUCAUCUCAUGGCCACAAUUCACCAAGCAAGUGGCAGAUGCUGCCCUGUCAGUCCAGGAGCGAGCUUUUAUGAGGAAGACAGAAGCGGCGCUAUUGACUCAAGCCUAGCGCUGGCCUUGGAGGCGAGUCGAUCGACGCUGUAUUAUCUUCAAGCGGCGAUUGAUGGGCUUGCGGGUGAAGCUUUUUGGAUAGUUGUCUUCUAUCCCACAGCUGCAAUGAUGGCCCUAUUCUUCAAUGUCCUACAGAACCCGCAUGAUAUGCAAGCGACACUAGAUCUGGAGUUGCUUCGCUCCGCAGCAGAUCUCAUCAGAAGACUUCCAAUACGGAGGCUAACGGAAUACGAAAUUGAACACUUCAAGAUGGUGGAUGAUUUCGUAGUCGAGCUGAUACGGCUGGGUGUUUGUGCGAUUUCCAAAGCAAAAAGUGAGGAGAAACGAGAUGUAGAGACACAAGUGCCGCAUAAACAUGAACUUGAAAUGUAA